AUGAGUCAAGUCUUACUCGGUGACGACCCUCCGUGGAAUAGUGAGGCAUACAUCUCAUCUCUCUCGCCAGAGGUUACAGGAAAGUUCACGAAAAAGUCUCACCUUCGGUAGCAGGUGAGACGGGUUUUUCUUCCUGUUUCCUUUGCAAAUUAAUCCUGUGAAACUUGAGAUCAGCUGAAAAAGUGAAAGUUUUUUUUCUUAAUACGCUGUGAAAAGAGGAAAAAGGAGGAAAAGUUUUAUUCUCCACCCCCAAAAAUGUCCAUCGAAGUGAAUCGGCAAUAAAAGUGUGAGUGUUGUGCAGAAAAUUAUCGUUACUAUAGCGAUAGAAAGUGUAACAACAGAAGCAAACAAUGACAAUGUCUCAACUUCUUAAGCGAACGAAGAAAUGCUGCAUGAAGUUAUUGCGAAAAUUAUCAGUGAAUGACGAUGAGUCCCAAGAGUCAGAUGGACUAAAAUCUCGAUAUAGUCACCCAAGAACAAUUGGUAAAUAUCGCCUACAGAAAAGUCGAGUGGAUAGGAGUGAAGUGAGCCCUAGAUCUGACUAUGGGGCCUGGAGUGUGGCUUCCUUCGAUGACGAUCCUUCCUAUUCGGAUCUAGCCAUGACUAAGUACUGCAACUACCGACAAAAUCUGGCAAAGUGCUUCCGACGUGAUUCUGUAGGCAAGAAAAAUCUCACGAAUAGACGCCAUGUCUGGCCCCUAUCGAGCUUCAACGAUGACGAAGAGAUAGUUUUUACGGAAAAUCGCAUCUACAUCGGAUUGAGUGAUCGGAAUCUCAAACCAGAUGCUGCAGAUGUGGUGGAUAAGGUCGAUAAAAGAACAGUCGAAGAAACCAUUUGCUCGAAUCUCGAAGCAAAACUGUCGGAAGGGAAGAACAAUGAAGAUUUCAAUGCUUUUGAAGAGCCUAGUAUUCUUUUACAGAAUUCAACCAUUGUCUUCGAGAAAGUGAAGUAUGACAAGAAUAAGAAGUAUCUCCAUCAGUCUCCUUCCAUUCAUAGCAAUGCUAGCACUGUCUCCUCUACUCUAAAUGGUAUCCACUUCCCUCCCAUGGAAGAAAACACCUCGAUGUCCAUCAAUUUUGAGCAAUUGUCUCCGCGAAAUGAGCACCUGAACGCUCAGAGAAGAUCUGAAUACGACAACUGGCCAGAAUUCCCGGAUGACAGUGGUUUCGGGAGUGAGAAUAAGUGCAAUUUUGAAAAUUGGGAUAGUAGUUGGGGUGCUGAGGAUGCCAGACAUUCUACUCCAUGGGACACUGAUGAGGGAGACCCAAAAACCCUUGACUCUUGGGACGUGCUCAAGAGCAAGGUGUUCGAUACUAGUGAUACAUGCUGGUGCAGUCGUCGCACGAGCCUGUGCACUGUGGAAACUUGGCUGGAGGAUGAGAUAUUUGACAACUCCUUCAACGAAGAAUUAGAACGACGAUGUACCCUUCAAGAGAGGUAAAUGACCGGCUCUGACUCCGCAAGCAAUUAUCUAAUCCUAGUGCGACAUUGUCGAAUUUUUCUUUCUACAAAAUUGAUUGAAUUCCCUUCUUUUCGUAAAUUAAAUAUAAAUUUUUCCUGA